GGAAUGCCAACUUCUCAAACGGGACCUGGGUUGAUAAAUAUGCUCAUGGUGUUCUAUCGUAUCUGCAAGACUCUGCGAUUGCAGCAUGCUAAGGGGGGGGAAGAACGAUGCGGUUUACCAAACCAACUUGGAGUCUUCGGAUAGUCUUUUGGGUGUUCAACUUCGCCCUGCGGUGUGGAAGAGAUGUUUGGCUCCUCCGGUGGCGUGCGGUGUGGUGCUCUGUUUUAUUCAAGAUUAAAAAAGAACUUCUUUUGGGAUUUAAGACAACAAUCACCCCCGUUUCUGUCUCUGCCCUCAUGGCGCCUCCUUUUGUUUACCUUCCACGCUUGUGGCUUCCUUCUCCCGACCAUAUCGCGGGAUAUCUUGAUCUCGAUGUAAAGUACGGUUGUUGCUGUAGGUGGAAUGUGGGGAUAACGGAAGAGCCCCCUGAUAACCAUGGGCAUUAGAAUUGACGGUAGGCUUGGUGUGAGCGGAUCGGUGCUUUGAUGAGGUGUAAAUAGUCAUGCUUUUUCGUUACAAUUUGCGUUGGCAGAUGUGAUCCUUGAGAUAUUCGGGGAGAUAUUUGAAGGGAACAGGACAUCAUUCUGUGCGCAGAAUGUUUGAUGUGAACGUGGAAAGAGAGGUUGGGAGACUGAGCUUUUUG